AUGCGCGCUUUUCGCACUACGCUGAGACGCACUGCACGACAGCCAAACUCCUUACACUAUGUUGAGCCUCGACUACUUCGAGUAACACUACACUCCGCGGAUGAAACGGAAUCCAUUCUGCUCGUUCUGAAUCGACAUCACAGAGCAUCGAACGGAGUAUGUACCUUACCGGAUAUUCCGUGGAAAGAACGUUCAAAGGAUAUGAACAAUCAACAGGGAAGUAGAAAACACUCGCUGAAAACCGUCAUUAUCCAUGGCUUCCCUGAGUCUCAAGCUUCAUCUCCUGAAGAAGUUCAGGCACAUGACCUGGUGCAAUGGCGAUACAUUCGUGAGGCGCUGUCUUCAGAAAAUGUCAUUUCUAUCUCCUUGACCAGGAUUCCCGUGUCACUAAAUUACAAAUGGUGUGGUCCUAGGUCACUGAAGUUAGUCUUACCGUCUGAGCUAACUUUACAGAGCGUUCUAGAGAACUAG